GACAACGUUAUUUCGCAUUGAUUGAUUGUACAGGCAAAUAUUCAACAAACAACAAUGACGCUCCCUUUGAAAGAUAAAACAGCUUUGGUGACGGGUGCAUCCAUGGGAAUCGGAGAAGCGAUUGCAACACGACUUGCAAAUGACGGAGCCAACCUAGUAUUACUUUCUCGUAGUAAAGACAAGUUAGAUAAGAUCAAAGAGAAUAUCUUGUCGAAAAGUCCUUCCACGAGAGUUUCUGUUUUUGCAAUUGAUAUUCAGAACUACAAAGAUGUUGAUAAAGCGGUUGAGUCUGCUGUGAUUGAGUUUGGGUCUAUUGAUAUUCUCAUUAAUAAUGCUGGUCUAGCAUUAGGAGCUCCAGCUGCGUUCUGGGAAUUAUCUCUUGAGCUCAUUGACCAAAUGAAUACAACUAAUAUUUCCGGCACAAUGUACACCACGCACUCUGUCCUAAAUCGAAGUAUGAUACCCAACAGCAAAGGAACAAUCUUAAAUGUUUCAUCAGUAACUGGUCUUGAAACACCCCCGUUCUCGGGAGAGGCAGUCUAUCAUGCCAACAAAGCAUGUAUCGAAGCUUUCAGCAAUAGUCUGAGGAUGGAAACAGCUGGAACUAAUAUACGCGUCAUGGUAAUCCGACCUGGAGUUGUGAAUACACACUUCCAUCUUCAGAGAGUCAAAUUUGAUCAGGAUGCCAUGGAUGAGUUUACAUCUGGAUAUCCACCACUUGUUGCGGAGGACAUUGCGAAUUCUGUAGCUUUCAUGCUUGAGCAGCCUGAGAGCACUACAAUUAAGGCUUUAGAUUGUGUUCCAACUGCACAGAGAUCUCUUACCAACUUUGAUCGUGCGUGGAAUGAACGCAAUAACGGAUAAUUCAGAGACAAGAGCAUUCAAUUCCGAAAAAUAUUCACUCGAUAUGAACGAUUCUUCGCGAAGAGAUUUAUCCGUGCAAUCCGUGCCUGAGAGGAGAACACAGUAUCGACUUGGCAAAGGCUCGAAGCUAGGAUAGAUGAUCAUAGAUACAAGAUAGAAAAGCUCGGAUUGAUAAUGAAGUUAUCCUCUUCA